GCAUCGCGUGAUUACUUCCUCGUCUCGUCUUCUUCCUCCAUCGCAUCUGCUCCAUCUGCUCCGUUGCCGUAUCCUAAUCUACACCACCCGAAGCCUUCUUCCCGCCAUGGGGACUGGCGCCUCGAAGAACUCCGACUGCUCCCAUGGAGGCCGCGAGGGGCAGCUCUACGUCGCCCUCAAGAUGGAAAAUUUUAACGUCCGAGGAGACCUCAUCCCUCACGUCUACGGCUCCGUCCCCAUCACCGGCUCCUGGGACUCCGCCAAAGCCCUCUCGAUGGCGCGGGAAUCGGCCUCGUCGUGGGAACUCAGCUUCGUCGUGCCUCAUAAUCAUGAGACGCUAGAUUUCAAGUUCUUGUUGAAGCCCAAGUUUAGCUCAGGGCCGUGCGUGGUGGAGGAGGGGAAGAGCCGGCUUCUCACAGGAGGGUCGCUGGAGGAGGGGGAUUCCAGGCCGGCACUGUUCAAGGUUAGCGGUGAUGAGGAGGUGCUCGAGUUUAGGGUGUUCAUCAAAGUCGACAUUUUGUCCCCGUUUGAUCUUGCUGCAAGCUGGAGAUCUUAUCAGGAAAAUAUUGAACCGUCAAGAGUUCGUGGGAUUCCAGAUGUCAGUAUAAAUGUGGCGUCUGAGAUGGGUGUGGAGAAUGGUUCACCCUCUACCUUGGAGCUUGAUUUAGAACACUAUGUUGUUCCAGCACCAUCUCCCAUUACUGGUGCUGUUUAUGCAGCUAACUUGGCAGCGACACCAAGAUCAUUAUCUAGUAGGAAUUUCUCCAAAUAUGAUGCCUCAACCGGUGGUUCAUAUGGCUUAAGUAAAGCUGGUGGCUAUUCUAACAGUUGCAAGGACAUGGAUAACUUUGUCGCAGAUCCUCCUAAACUUCUUCAAGUUCCUGGUAUGGUAGAAUCAAAGUCAGUGGACACAUUCUCACCAGUGCCAAAGCAAGAUGGUCAGCUAGGACUCUUUGUAGAUAGGGGUGUUGGAUCUCCUAGACUUGUUAAAUCAGCUAGUGCAGGCACAUUCACAUUUGAUCUCAAGUUGGACAGUGAAACAAAGGGAAUGCCAGCAGCUGCCGGAGCAGUUGCAGCUGCAGCUGUAGCUGAUCAAAUGCUUGGACCCAAGGAGGAUAGUAGGUUGGCCAUUGUUCUGGUUGGUUUGCCAGCCCGAGGAAAGACCUUCACGGCAGCCAAGCUAACUAGGUAUUUGAGAUGGCUAGGUCAUGAAACAAAACAUUUCAAUGUUGGGAAGUAUCGCCGUCUUAAGCUUGGGACAAAUCAGUCAGCUGAUUUUUUUCGUGGGGACAAUCCAGAAGGUAUGGAAGCUCGCAAUGAGGUGGCAGCUUUGGCUAUGGAUGAUAUGAUAGCGUGGAUGCAGGAGGGAGGUCAGGUUGGUAUUUUUGAUGCCACAAAUUGCAGCAGAAAUCGUAGGAACAUGCUGAUGAAAAUGUCUGAAGGAAAAUGCAAGAUCAUAUUCCUGGAAACAAUAUGCAAUGAUGAGCGCAUAAUAGAAAGAAAUAUACGCUUGAAAAUUCAACAAAGCCCUGAUUAUGCAGAAGAACCAGAUUUUGAAGCUGGAAUGAGAGAUUUUAAAGAGCGCUUAGCCAAUUAUGAAAAGGUUUAUGAGCCUGUGGAAGAGGGUUCUUAUAUCAAAAUGAUUGACAUGACCAGUGGACAAGGUGGGCAGAUACAAGUUAACAAUAUUGGUGGUUAUCUUCCUGGAAGAAUAGUCUUCUUCUUGGUGAACACCCAUCUCACACCCCGGCCUAUUUUGCUCACUCGGCAUGGAGAAAGCCGAAGCAAUGUUAGAGGAAGAAUUGGAGGUGAUGCGGUUUUGAGUGAAGCUGGGGAACUUUAUGCAAAGAAACUUGCGAACUUUGUUGAGAAGAGACUGAAAUCUGAGAGGACAGCUUCUAUAUGGACUAGCACACUCCAAAGAACAAUUUUAACAGCAAGCCCAAUUGUUGGUUUCCCAAAGAUACAAUGGCGGGCUCUUGAAGAGAUUAAUGCUGGAGUAUGUGAUGGAAUGACUUACGAAGAAAUAAAGAAAAACAUGCCUGAGGAAUAUGAAUCGCGUAAGAAGGACAAGCUUAGAUAUCGAUACCCUCGUGGAGAAUCAUACUUGGAUGUCAUUCAAAGAUUGGAACCUGUAAUUAUUGAGCUUGAAAGACAGCGUGCGCCUGUUGUGGUCAUUUCUCAUCAGGCAGUGUUGAGAGCAUUGUACGCAUAUUUUGCUGAUAGACCAUUGAAAGAAGUUCCUCAUAUUGAGGUUCCACUCCACACAAUCAUUGAGAUACAGAUGGGUGUCACAGGUGUUCAAGAAAAAAGAUACAAGCUCAUGGAUUAAUUCAUUUCCAUGGUGGUGUUAGCAAAGAAACAGAUUCAAAAGGUCAUUUAAUGUAGCCUCUGUUGCUGUUUGAACUGAUGAAUAAUACUGAUGCCAACUUGUGGGGAUUGGAACUAAAAUUCUAAAAGCUCAGGCUCUGGACAUGGCUGUGUGAUGAGUAAAACCUGGGAUGCCUACCAAGAAAUAAGAAUUGCUCAACCAUCUGUGAUGAGUGAAAGCUCAGGCUCUGAAGAAUGUGUGCUUAAUUUUUUUUUAUUCAAAGUGCAUAUUUAAGUUCAUGUCUUGGCACAUGAAGCAUUCUACUUGCUUCGU